GAGGUAGCCGAGGUGGCCACCUUGGUGGCGGCGGCCGAGGCAGGGGCAGUAGAGGAAGCCUCUUCGCCGCCCCCGAAUGCCGCAGCAGCGGGCGACGCCCCCGCACCCACGGCCUCCGAGGGGGCCGCCGCCUCGCAGCCGCGGCUGCGCUCUCUGGUGCUCACUGGCUUUGGCGGCUACGACAAGGUGAAGCUGCAGAGCCGGCCGGCCGCGCCCCCGGCCCCCGGCCCCGGGCAGCUGACGCUGCGCGUCCGGGCCAGUGGGCUCAACUUCGCGGACGUUAUGGCCCGGCAGGGGCUUUACGACCGCCUGCCGCAGCUGCCCGUCAUUCCGGGCAUGGAGGGCGCGGGAGUCGUGACCGCGGUGGGCGAGGGAGUCAACGACCGCAAGGUAGGGGACCGGGUGAUGGUAUUGAUCCGUUCGGGCAUGUGGCAGGAGGAGGUGACUGUGCCCUCAGCCCAGACCUUCCUGAUGCCUGAGGCCAUGACUUUUGAGGAAGCCGCUGCUUUGCUGGUCAAUUACAUCACAGCAUACAUGGUCCUCUUUGAUUUUGGCAACCUACGGCCUGGGAACAGCGUUUUGGUACACAUGGCUGCAGGGGGUGUGGGUAUAGCUGCCUUGCAGCUGUGCCGCACAGUGGAGAAUGUGACGGUGUUCGGAACGGCCUCGGCCAGUAAGCACAACGUGCUGAAGGAGAACGGGGUCACAUACCCCAUUGACUACCACACGACUGACUACGUGGAUGAGAUCAAGAAGAUCUCCCCCAAAGGCGUGGACAUCGUCAUGGACCCUCUGGGUGGAUCAGAUACUGCCAAGGGCUACAACCUCCUUAAACCCAUGGGCAAAGUGAUCACUUACGGAAUGGCCAGCCUAGUGACAGGCCCCAAGCGGAGCCUGAUGGCCAUGGCACGCACAUGGUGGAAUCAGUUCAGCGUGACAGCUCUGCAGCUGCUGUCGGCCAACCGAGCUGUGUGUGGCUACCACCUGGGCUACCUGGAUGGUGAGGUGGAGCUGCUCAAUAGGGUGGUGACCCACCUCGUGACUCUGUACAAUCAGGGCCACAUCAAACCUCACAUUGACUCUGUGUGGCCCUUCGAGAAGGUGGUGGAUGCCAUGAGGCAGAUGCAGGAGAAGAAGAAUGUGGGCAAAGUGCUCCUGGUGCCUGGGCCAGAGAAGGAGAACUAGGACGGGGGCUGGGAGACCCCCAGGACCCGGGAAGAGAGAAGCUGGGAAGCCACGUGACUGCCCCAUACCCUCGCAUUUCAUCCUUUGUCGUAAUGCUCUGCCCUCUCUCCCCCAAAGGUCUGUGGUGAUGACCUCCCCCAUGCCC